GCGUAUGAAAGAGCAAAGCAGACCUAAGUGCGAUUGUGCUGACUUUUAGCAUUAGUUCUGUGAUGUCAGACGUCGUUCUCCAUUAGCCUCACUCAUGAGCUUUGUUCUUUGACUGUAAACCUGUCUUACCUGUUCUCCUCCCCAUUCCCUCCCUCUGUCCUCUCUCUUGCCCCCCCCCCUCUCUCUCUUUCUCUGUACUGUAUGACCCAUCCUACUCCUUGCUGUUGACUUGUCAUGACUAGCCUCAGGAAAAGUUGCUCAAUGUUAAUGUUUGACAAGUAGGAAGAAGGGCCCUGGCUGCCAUAUCUCUCAGCCUUAGACAACACAAAGAUUCUUUCAGUUCACCUUCUACUCGAGGGUUUGUUUGCUGCUUUGGGAAGGAAUUACAUAUUCAAAUCUGAGGGAGAAAGACAGAACGAGGCCAUGGAGGUGCUUGUGCUGAUGGACUUUGAGGGCACCGUGGGAGACGAGAUCACAGUGAGGAUGGGGGAUGUGGUCAAAAAUGUCACCAAGGCCAGCGAAGAGGGAUGGCUGGAGGGGGAGCUGAAAGGAAAGAGAGGCAUCUUCCCUGCUAACUUUGCCACGGAGGUGCCCGUCUAUUUGAUUGGGGACAGCCAGAGGGAACCACGGAGCAUUAGAAAAAUAAAGAAGAUGAAACAGACCAGGAAAUGCGAAGUAGCGUUUGCCUACAGCCCCUUCAAUGAAGACGAGCUGCAGCUGGAUGUUGGGGAGACGCUAGAGAUCAUCAGAGAGAUUGAAGACGGAUGGUGGAUGGGGGUUAAAAAUGGCAGAUUUGGAGCAUUUCCUUCCAAUUUUGUCAAAGAAAUUUUUGUGUCUCCUAAAGACAGCAAGCACAAUGAGGGCAAGGCCAGACCCAAGCUCACUGACGCAGUGUUCAACAAGGAGAUAUCUCAAAGGACAAGUGUGAGGAACAAAACCAAACAAGUGGUGGAGUGUUGCCAAGUCAUGUUUGAAUUCAAGGCCAAGGCGGAUGACGAGUUGGAUCUGAAACAAGGAGACGUUGUUGUUAUACUGAGAAAGGAAACAGAAGAUGAAGGCUGGUGGGAAGGAGAGCUAAACGGACGCUGUGGCUUCUUUCCUGAUAACUUCGUCAUGUUGAUACCACCAAUGGACAGUCUGCAAUCUGGGAUCACAAGCCAACCGCCUGCACGCAUCAACAACACGCAACUCCCAGCAAAGACAGAGGCCUCAGUGAUGGAGAAAGUUGGUCCAGCAAAGACAAAAGAUGACAAACCAGAGGUUAAGGACCUGAGAAGUAAUCCUCCAACCAAAGUCAAGCUGCCAUCCUUCAACAAGCCCAGUCCGCCUCCAGUCAAAGGCAAACCCAACAAGGUGUUACCCAACAGAACCAACGGUGAUGCGACUCCUGUUUCGCCGAAACCACUGGAAGAGAGAGAGAGAGACCAAUUUGAUGGAGUGGAUGUACAGACUGAUAAACUCUGCCAUCCCACAGCAAACAGAGCAAAACCCCCGCAGAGGAGACCCCCAUCAGGCCUGGUUACGGCAGCACAAGCUCAAGGGGCCACUGACCAGACAGAACCCGAAUCAUCCCCAAAUAAGUUCCAGACAGAGAAAUCUCCUGGCUUGCUAAAGGGUCCAGAAAAUCUCCUGCUAUCGAUUGCAAAGUCGGAUCCUCGGCCUCCAGUUCGACCAGCACCUCCACGAGUAGUCGUGGAUGCCAAAGCUGUGACCCGUAAAGAAGAAGCAACUGUGGAAAGCCUGCAGGCUGACAUCAAAGAGCUGAGGAUGGCUCUGGAGCUGCUAGAGACGCGACACGACCGAGACAUGCAGGAAGUGAGAGAACAACUGAGGGCGGAGGGAAGCAAACGAGUGGCACUGCAGGAGGAAGUACACAGUUUGAGGAAGAAAUAAUCCCAACACAGAUGUGACUGAGCGGCCGGUCUGACACUGUGACCAUGUGGGCUUGUGCACUGCACAUUUAAAACAGGAUAAACAUUGUUCUGACAUUGAAUGGGGAUGGACAAGACAAGCUAGCUCUCCCACUGCAGAAACACGAGCAAGGGCUAAAUUACAAAGUGUAGUUGGACAUAGGCUCAAACUAAUCCUGCACUGGACUGGAGAAGCUUAUGAAUUUAAAUGAUGUACUGUUAAGUUUUUUACAUAUUUGAAUGCUGGAAAUGACAAAUGUUGGUUCUUAGGCCGUCACCUUGUUGCAAAUUAAUCUUUUACAUUGUUCUAUUUCUAUUGUCACCUCUAUUAACUUAACUAUUGGUUUUACUGUAAAAUAUCGCUGCCGUAUGUUGCGGGUGAGGGGGAGGCCUGGGUCAGCCUGCUGCCACCGAGACCCAACCCCGGACUAAGCGGCUGGAAAUGGAUGGAUGGAUGGAUGGUUUUACUGUACUUAACAUUAACACGUGCUGUGGCAAAAAUAUGUAAUAUUUGCAGCUGUACUUAAGAGGAAAUAUUACAAUUCUGCAAAGACCAAAAAUAUAAUUGUAAGUCCUCCAGAGGGGUAUUGUUACUUGAAUGUUAAUACCUUAACUACAACUGUCUAUCUAACACAUGGUUUGACAUCGAGGUGAUUUUCUACAGCAGAAUGUAAUGCUGCAUCAAUCCACUGGGGGGCACUGUGUGACUAUUCUACAUACAGGGCAGGGUUAAACUUUUCAGUGAAUUCAGGAUUGGUGGAAUCAUACAAGAGUGACUUUACAUUAAAAAACAUAGAACGUAUUUCCUUUAAAGUAAUAAAUAUGUUGAGAUGUAA